AGACUUGAGAAAACAGAAGAGGGAUGGCGUCUGGUGGCUGUGGAUGCGGACAAACUGAACCGAGAAAGCUCGCCGAAAUUGCUAUACAAGGUAGUGCGCUCGACAGCAUUUCAAAGUUGCAUGAUGGUUAUGAUUAUCCUGAACGCCAUCAUAAACGCAUCGCUCGUCUACAGACACGACGCCAGCGAUGAAGCUCGAAAGCGAAUCUAUUAUUACGUAGAGGUGAACUAA